UCCAGUCAGCCCAUAGAUCCCACACGUGAAAACAGAUAACCUAAGUGCUAAGGGGGUGGUAAAAGUUUUAUAUAAAGAUAUUUCUCUAUUCUGUAGUUUAACACCGACUCUCCGUACACAGUGUCGCCGGCAGCAUGCUGUAUCUGAUCGGUCUGGGUCUGGGGGACGCCUCGGACAUCACGGUGAAGGGUCUACAGGCGGUGAAGGGCUGCUCCAGAGUUUACCUGGAGGCGUACACCUCCAUCCUGACAGUGGGCAAGGAGGCUCUGGAGGAAUUUUACGGGAAGGAGCUGAUCCUGGCAGACAGAGACCUGGUGGAGCAGGGGGCUGAGGAGAUCCUAAAGGAUGCUGAUGUGACUGAUGUGGCAUUCCUGGUGGUGGGCGACCCGUUCGGAGCAACCACCCACAGCGACCUGGUCUUGAGAGCAGUGAAUGCUGGGAUACCGUACAGAGUCAUCCAUAAUGCCUCCAUCAUGAAUGCAGUGGGCUGCUGUGGUCUACAGCUGUAUAACUUCGGGGAGACGGUGUCGCUGGUGUUUUGGACGGACACGUGGAGACCGGAGAGUUUCUACGAUAAGAUCUGUAAAAACAGAUCAGCUGGACUGCACACGCUCUGUCUGCUGGACAUUAAGGUCAAAGAGCAGAGCGUGGAGAACAUGAUGAGAGGUAAAAAGAUCUACGAGCCUCCUCGCUUCAUGACGGUCAGUCAGGCUGCAGAUCAGCUGAUUCAGAUCAUCCAGAGGAGGAGGGAGGAGGGGGAGGAGCUUGGUAUGACGGAGGACACAGUGUGCGUGGGCGUGGCCAGGCUCGGUGCUGAUGAUCAGAAGAUCUGCACUGGGACGCUACGUCAGCUGGUGUCAUGCGACCUUGGCGGUCCGCUCCAUUCUCUGGUCAUCACCGGUAGACUCCACCCACUGGAGGUGGACAUGCUGCGAGUGAACGCAGAGCCAGACGCACUAGAAAACCUGCACAUGAUCGACAGCUCCACAUACUGCUCCUAACAAACACCAUGACUGUCUGGAUAGACUAGUACACCUGGACCCUAACGGAGACCUGAACCUAGCCUGGACAAACCCUCAAACCUGGACUGGUCAUAGUGUCCUCACUAAGCAGAGACAGUUUAAACUGAUGGCCCUGUUAGAUUCAGCAAUAUAAACAAAUGAAACACUGUUUUUAUCAACAGAAUAAUGUAACAAUCAAAAUUAAAAAUAUUUAUGAUC